AUGUUAAGGAAAAAGCAAGACGUCAUCGGAUUGGAGAGCAAAAAAUAUACGUUGACGUUCAAACAGUGGAUGAAUGAGCCGGAGUUGUAUGAAUGGAACGAGGCUCUGAAAUUCAAAUUGUUUUUGAUACAGGUGAUUAAAGUCCCUGUCUCAGUGCUCCCUCAUUUGAGAGGUGCCGUAGGGAAAGCAUACGGUAAAGUUCUACGGGCCGCUCCAGCGUACGCGGACCCCAUCUCACCUGACCUAUGGAAUGUCAGAUUUGAGCCCAUCUCACCUGACCUGUGGAAUGUCAGAUUUGAUCUGGUUCCAUCCGCACGGGUGUCAUACAAAAGGACGUUGAUAAUUGACAUGGAGGAGUAUGGUUAUGUGGAACUGGACGUCGCAUGCGCGGACUUCCAGUGGUGCAAGGCUUGCAAGCAUUUUUUUCAUGAAGAAAAUGACCCGAUCUGUCCUUUUGCAAUAAAGAAGGGUAAAUCUGUCGAUCCGAAUCUGAAGCAAAAGCAAGGCUACAAGGAAGCCCUAAUGAAGAGUAAAGAGAAAGCGGAUCAUUCGGAGGAUAAGGAUAUAGAGCAGAGGAAGACGAAGGAUAAAGAGGGGGAAAGGUCUGUGAAGCCGACCUCGUCUGACGAGCCGAAGGGAAACAACUCAGGGACAAGUCGCUUAAGGGGACUGAAGGGGAAGGGAAAGAGGAUAAAGAGCCGAACAGAGAAGGGUCAUCCGACCCAAAAAUGGAAGGCGGCGGGGAAAGCUAAGAAGGGGGGGGAGAAGGAAGAGGAGGGGCUCCCAAGGCUGGAUGACCAAAAGAAGGAGGUCGGCAGGAGUCAGACAGAGGGGACAGAGAAGGUAGAAGGAGACAAGGAAGAGGAGGGGCUCCCAGGGCUGAAUGACCAAAAGAAGGAGGUCGACAGGAGUCAGACAGAGGGGACAGAGAAGGAAGAAGGAGACAAGGAGGAUGUGCUGAAACAGAACUCAGAGGAGGGAAACGAGAAGAGGGGAAAAUUUCUGAAGAGCCCUCUGGUUACUACCUUGAGCAAAGACGCAGCAAAAAUUUUGGAGGACUGUGUUAAAAAGAUAGCGGAGGCUAAGAUGGGGUUUCCGGAGAAGGGAGAAGUUCCAGGGGUAACUCAAGAGCCGCUAUCAGAGCCGCCAUCAGCAGAACCCAUCCCUAAUAUAGGGACGGAUCACAAUGAGGUUCACGAUGAGGAUCCCAAGCAGGAUAUAAAGAUAGAUGAUAUGGAGGUGGUGGAAGCGGCCGAGAUAUUGUUUAAAGCAAGAACAACAAGGGAAAAGCAGGUAUUAAGGAAAGAGAAGAAAGCCUUGCUGAACAAUGGUAAACGACAGGCAGGUUGAGAAGGGGAGAACAGUAAAAGACAUACGGGAGG